UGAUUAUUCCCUUAGGUCUUAGCCACGGUGUCUUAGGUUUUAUCGCCGCGAUGCCUGAACCCACCAAGUCCGCCCCGGCCCCGAAGAAGGGCUCCAAGAAGGCGGUGACCAAGGCGCAGAAGAAGGACGGCAAGAAGCGCAAGCGCAGCCGCAAGGAGAGCUACUCGGUGUACGUGUACAAGGUGCUGAAGCAGGUGCACCCCGACACCGGCAUCUCGUCCAAGGCCAUGGGCAUCAUGAACUCGUUCGUCAACGACAUCUUCGAGCGCAUCGCGGGCGAGGCGUCGCGCCUGGCGCAUUACAACAAGCGCUCGACCAUCACGUCCCGGGAGAUCCAGACGGCCGUGCGCCUGCUGCUGCCCGGGGAGCUGGCCAAGCACGCCGUGUCCGAGGGCACCAAGGCCGUCACCAAGUACACCAGCUCCAAGUAGACUCGCCAAAUGAACAACUUCAGCUGUCUCCUCCUUGACUUAUACUCCCACUGCCCUCCACACCCUGGCGGCAGCAAAGAAGACUUAGGAGAGGUGGAGAUCACGCUGGGGAAAGUUCAGAGUUCUUAACCUUCAUUUUGGUGGCGUGGGCACACAGCCCUACAUAGAAAAAGACGCUCCCUUUGUUUUACAUGGACAGCGGCACUUGACUGACCUUUCCUUUCACCAACCAUGAAAUUGCUACCGUGGAAAGGGAACAGGAAUUGUAGAAAAGUGAAGGACUAACGUUUUCGAAUUUUGUCUAAAAGUUUAACCGUGAAUGUUAAGCUGCAUUUCAUAAAUACAAAACAAUAAAAGUAUCACAGCCAAAUGGUGGCUAUUUUUUAGGAAUAGGGAGAAGAAGGAAGGUGAGAGGGACUGAGAAAAAGAAUGGAAGAAGCAAAUGGCUACUGCAAAAGGGAGCGUCAGAGCCUGAAGACCAAGGGGAAGGCACAGAGGAAGAUAGUUGGAGAAAGCAGAGGGAAAAGAGGGAGAUGAAGAGCUAGACCUUGUUAUGAGUUUGACCCUUCAGCUGGGAAUAGCACAUUUUACGUGCUGACAUACGCCCCACAUUUCUUGGGUUUGGGGGUGAGUGGAUGAUCACAAUGUUACAACAUCUGAGAGACACUCUGACCAGCAAAUGCACAUGGCGCCCCUCAAUCCGGCUCUAAACUUGCUCUGUUCGUUCUUCUUCAUUACCCUUAGCAUAACUGACAUGAAUUUGCAUAUUGUUGGUUUCCUCUUCCCAUUCUCCAGGCUCUAAGGUCCAUUGGGCAGAGUUAGUCCUUUUUGCUGCUGACUCCCCAAUGCCUAAGGCUGUUCCGGACGCACAGUAGGCUCUCAAUUAGGAUUUACAGCAAUCAUAACCGCUUAAAAUACACAUAUAACAAUAGGGAUAGAGGAUGAACUGAAUUGUUGCAAAUGGUUAGUAGACUUAGCGACUCAGUCUUUUUGGGUCUUUCCACGACUAUAUAACAAUAAUAAAAUGUUCUAAUAAGUAGUGUAUUACUAAGGAUUCAGUGAGGUAAAUCUUGUAAAAGUCUUAAAGUACUAUGGACAUUUAUUAACACUUAACAAUUGUCAGCAAGAACUAUAUUUUCCUUAGUUGCUGAAUUAAAAGGACAAUCAGAGUAGCCAAUUUUUCGCAGGUCAAAAACUAAGAGACAAAAUAUGAUCUUUGAAUGACUUGAAUCCCACCACAAGAAGUAUAUU